UGAGUGAUAUCAGUGAGCGGAAAUGCUGAAUGCUUUUCGUGAAAUCUGACCUGUGAUAAUUAGUUGGACAAUAUGUGUGAGGUGAAAGUCAGGUGCUCGUGUGUGGAGCAGACUAGUGACGUAAGGCGGAAAAUGCGAAUCGAAAUGUGUUUGAGCAUCAUGGAUAACACAUAGGUUCACAUGCAAUUUAAAAUGUGAGUAUAUGAAUGUUGUGGAUUCAGGUGACUAUCCAGACCAUGUGAAAGGAAGACAGUUCAUGCGUAUUGCCGAGGCACGAGCAAGAAACAUAGACUGUUUUGUGUGUUCCACAUUGGUGUGAGAGACUGUGACAAAUCUGGCAGUCACUCUGCAAGUCAUAUUUCGACCCUGGUGCUAUUUGUGAUACUGUUUACUUUCAAUCUCUUUAGUUUCAGUGAUGAAAAAUAUUAUUGGAGAAGCAACAACACAGGAUCUGCCAGUCACCGCACCCAAAACAACAGAAGAAGUUGAAGAAGAAACAACAACGGUGAACAUCGACGAGGAAGAGAAUGAAUAUGGUUAGUCUAACAAUCUGAAAUCUAUCGUCAUCAUGAUUUUGUGCUGUGAAUUCUGCAUGUCAAACUUUUAUAAAGAAUACUGUGAAUAGCAUAUGUUAACAGGGCACGAUUUCUUUUUCUUAUUUUCAGGGGUCGAAAAUAUUUAUCAUAGCGACUGCCAUAAUCUAGUGGAAGUUUAGAUAUAACGUUCGUUCAUCUUCACGUUCAAGAAUUGGUUCUCUCAGUGUUUUUCAUCAAGCUUAUUUAUAACUUCUUUCUUUAUUUUCAAUACACAAAUCUUUAUAAGGAUAUUUCUAAUUUAACUUUAAAUAUGUAAUGUUAAUUUCUGUAAUCUCAAAUUUUUUAUGUCACGAGUAAUUAAUAAAUAAUAAUUUUGCACAUUUCA